CUCAGAUUUCAGAUCUCUUAGUUUAAAUCACGUUCACAGUUCACCGAUCUUUUAAAUCUGUGUUUCAAUUUCGCCCUAAUACCUUUUUUGUUUUGAGUUGUCAUGGAUUCUCCGAUCCACUCGACUUUGUUGUUUAUUCAUCUCUUCCAUAGGUCGCCUCUUGUUCCGAUCCGUUAUCGAGUGUGUCGGUCUUGGCCCUCUCCUCUCCUCUCCUCUUAGGCCAAUCUAAUAAUACCUUUUACUCGCGUCAGAUGCACCUUUGGUUCUAUUCAUACCAAAAUGCAGAUUUUCAGCUGGUUUUUCGUUCGAAAUGGACUGCAAGAAGUUCAUGCAGAUGGUGGAGGAGAAGAAAAGGCAAAUUCUCGAGAAGAAGGAAGCUCCUUUGAAAUGGGAGCAGAAGCUUGAGGCGGCUGCCAAGGCUGCUGAAACCAAAGACAAGAGGUCAAAAAAGCGAAGAAGACAAAGGGCUGCAUCUGAAUCUAGCUCUGAAAGUGAUACUAGCUCUGAUUUGAGCAGAAAGUCGAGGAGAACUCACAGUAAGCACCGAAGGCAUGCACACUCUGAUUCAGAUGACAGUGAUAGAAGGAAAGAUAAGAGAUCCAGAAGGCAUAAGAGAAGGUCCUCAAGUUCAAGCGAUGAUAGCAGUGAUGACUAUGAGAGCGGAUCAGAGGACGAGCAGAGGAUGAAGAUAAGGCACCACCGUAGGCACAAGUCGCAUAGCUCAAGACAGACUUAUGAUGAUGACAAUGCCGAAGAUGCCAGAGGAAGGCACGCUAAGCAUCACAGGCAUGUCGAGGUGGUUCCUUCAAGUGAUAGCGAGGAAGAGAGGGGGGAAAGAAGAAAACAUAGGCACAACAGAGGUUCAGCUGCCUCCAGCGACUCAGACUCGGAGGUUAGACGGAAGAAUAGAAAGAGAAGGGAGCAUCAAAGGUAUCGUUGGGUAGAGUCUUCAAGUGAGGAUGAUGAUGGAGCAAUGCGAAGGAGAAGGCAUCAUAAACAUGACUGAAUGUUGUGCAACCAUUAGCACAAAGACUCUUAAACAUUGUGUUGAAUUACUCGUGUGGCAUUUCUCUUCAUUGAUUAUUUUGCAUUUUAAAAACUCAAAACUAAAAGCCAUGAUCCCGGAGAGCAACCCAAAUUGUUCGAGAUAAAUGGUCUUAACCUAUGUGGUAUAUUCCUUUUAUUUAAAUCAAUGCAGUGCUUAUAUCUUA